GCUGGUUUAUUGAGAGUCGAGAACAAAAUAAAGUAUGGUCCGUCCAAAGAAACAGAGCAAGCGGAUGACGGCCCACAAGAAAUACAAAAUACAGCGAAAGAUCAGGGAGCAUCUUCGGAAACAACGAAAAGAAGCCAAAAUUAGUGGAAAAACAAAAAAACACAAGAAAGAUCCAGGAGUCCCAAACCUUUUUCCAUUCAAAGAGGAAAUACUUAAACAAGCAGAGGACAAGAAAAGAAGACAAGAAGAAGAUAAAGAAAGAAGAAAGAAGAACAGGUUGAAAGAAGUGAAUAAAAAAAGAAAUCUAGAAAGUUUGCAGAAGGAUGCUCUUAAGAGAGGAAAGGAGUUUGAAAGAAAGGAAGCAAUUAAAGAAAAUUCUCAAUCAGAUAUUAACUCAGGCAGAAAAGUAGAGGGAUCACUUAAAGCAUAUUACAAAGAAUUCAAGAAGGUUGUUGAUGCUGCAGAUGUUGUCCUGCAAGUAUUAGAUGCCCGUGAUCCUUUAGGCUGUAGAUGUCCACAGGUAGAGGAGGCAGUAUUAUCUUCUGGAGUCAAUAAGAAAUUAGUUCUGAUUUUAAAUAAAAUAGAUCUUGUGCCAAGACAAAUUGUAGAUCAGUGGUUGAAAUAUCUCCGUAAUGAAUUUCCAACAAUUGCUUUUAAGGCAUCUACACAGAACCAAAGACAGAACCUGCAUCAAAGUAAGGUAUCUUUGUCAUUAGCUUCAGGAGAUCUAUUAGCAACCAGUGCUUGUUUAGGAGCAGACACUUUACUUAAACUUCUGGGAAAUUAUUGCCGUAAUAAAGACAUCAAGACUGCUAUUACUGUUGGAAUAGUAGGUUUUCCUAAUGUUGGCAAAAGCAGCAUCAUCAACAGUCUAAAGAGGUGUAAAGCAUGUACUGUUGGAGCCACUCCAGGGGUUACAAAGAGCAUGCAAGAGGUACAUUUGGACAAACAUGUCAAACUUCUGGACAGUCCUGGUAUUGUGAUGGACAGUGGAAACUCUGAUUCAGCUGUUAUAUUACGGAACUGUGUUAAGAUAGAAAGCAUUGAUGAUCCAGUCCCAGCAGUUGAAGCUAUUUUAAAAAGAUGUAACAAACGACAGGUCAUGGAAAAAUAUCUAGUACCAGAUUAUACAGAUGUGCAUGAGUUUCUCUCUCACCUUGGUAAAAGGCUUGGAAAGUUAAAGAAAGGUGGCAUUCCCAAUGUAAAUGCAGCAGGGAAAUCAGUGUUGAAAGACUGGAACAGUGGAAAGAUUGUAUUCUAUACUCAUCCGCCAGAACAGCACAAGUUACCCACCCAUUUAUCAGCUGAUAUUGUCAGUGAAUGGAGCAAGGAGUUUGAUUUGGGUUCUCUCCAACAGAAUGAACAUGACGAAUUGCAUGGUCUGCGGCACACAAUGGAAGAUGCAAUGGUGCUUGAAGCGGGUGACCCUGUGGAUGCAGCUAAGGUUGAUGAGGAAGAUAUGGAAUCCGCCGAGGAAGAUGACGACGACUCAGAUGACAGCGAUGAUGAUGAGGAAAUCGACGACGACGACGAAGAAGAAGAAGAAGCCAUGGAAGACAGCGAUGGUGAGCAGGCACAAAAAGAUGGCAUGACAGUUCUUGUCAAGAAUUCAAAAUCUGUCACACAUCCGAAGCAGGUCACGAAAUCUCGAGGAGCGACUUCAGGUGGACUGGCGCCGAAUGAAAUCAAUGAAUUUAAUCUACAGACUAAUAAGGAAAGAAAGAAGCUUUUUAAGAAGCAGCAGAGGGACAAGCGGAAACAAGCAACGAGUCAAGGAGAGGCAAUGGCUGAAGAUGACGAUUACAACUUUGACACUGACUUCAGUUGAAGAGAAAAGACAUAAUCCUGGACUAACAGCAAUAACAAUCACGCAUAUUGAUCUUAGGUUCAAUUGAAAAAAAAAAGGGAGAGAGAGAGAGAACAGAGCUAGAAUGUGAGGGAAAAAAGCUUGGAUCUGAAGCCUUUGGAGAACUA